UGAGACAUUUGUCCCCAGCACUGGUUCUCAGCCCAUCAUGAGUUCCGAUCAAAGUUCCGGGCCCCCUCUCUCCAAGAGAUACUCUUCAUGCACAUGUAUGUAGCCAAGUCUCGGCUUUCAGACACCGAAAUCCAAGAGCUCCCUUCAUCCAUUCAAGUGACAGCCUAAUCAAUGCUGCUCACUGAGUGUGCCACAUUCUGUGCCAGCUUCUGAGACACAGGCGAACACGAGGAACGAGUGUUCUGACUUCUUGGCUUUCACAUUCUACAGCCAACAUUCUAGAACUCGCAAGUCUCCUCCUCACAAGACACUUCACUAACAGUUUACAUCCAGACCUUCCUCGACUGUUCCUUUAUAUCGCCAUUUAUUUGCUUAAUAUACACUGUCUAUUCAUGUCCAGAUGCAAAACUAACUGACUGUGUUAUGUCUCUAUAGAGAAAAGAAAGUAGAAGUUCUAGAACAAGCCAAUAGCUAAUCCCUGGAACCUACGUGAAGUAACAAAGGAGGGGUGAGGCUAAAGUAAAAGCACACCAUGAACAUAUGGAGCCUCCUUUUCGAAGCUUGAAAGGUGCCGUUCAUUUGCACACCAGGCAGUCUGUAGGCAUUCCUAGACUCUCUACGUACCCCGCACAUUUGCUAAAUGCCUUCAGUUUGUAUCUAUCUCACUCGCUUUUAGAAUGACAAUGAGGUGGGUAUAAUUUGUUCUGUGUUUAAAAUUAGGUAAACUUAAUGACUUGGCCAACUAUGAGAUGAUACAACAAACUAUUUUUUUUAAUAUUUAUUUAUUAUGUAUACAUAUACAGCUUUCUGCCUGCAUGUAUGCCUACAGACCAGAAGAGGGCACCAGAUCUCAUUAUAGAUGGUUGUGAGCCACCAUAUGGUUGCUGGGAAUUGAACUCGGGACCUUUGGAAGAGCAUCAGUGCUCUUAACCUCUGAAUCAUGUCUCCAUCUCUCCAGCCCAUAAAAACUAUUUAACAUGACCUGAGUUGUGGUUUUUGUUUGUUUGGGGUUUUUUGUUUUUGUUGUUGUUGUUGUUGUUGUUGUUUUCUAUUUUUUCACCCUAGAAUUCAUGCUUUCUUUAAGGAAAGGAGUAGGGAUGGCAGUAUUUCUUGACUAUAGAAGGGUUUGCCGUUGUUUCGGAUAGACGAAUAAGGAAAGGAAGAAUGAUAAUCUUAGCGCAUUUCCUAAGGAAACUGGCAGAAAUCCUCUGCUCGGAGAAGACAGUGCUCAUGAUUGGGUGCAGUGUUCCUUCUAGGAUGAGAGCUUUCAUCUUGCUCAGACAGCACAUGUGGGCAAUAACGCGUCCAUUACAGCCUCGUUUCCCAGCCACUUUAUUUGGCUCAUUCUACUGCAUAGUUAAUGCAAUAACCUAGGAAGAGUUUGUUUGAAUUUUCUUUUCUCCACAGAUAAGCCAUGUCUGGCCCAAGUGACGAGACAGCAGGAGACCUGCCGGUGAAAGAUACAGGUCUACAUCUCUUUGGAAUUGGAGGGUUACAAGAAUGGCCACCAAGUUAAUACGGCUAGUUAAUGACAAGAAACGAUAUGAGCGGGUUGGUGGCGGCCCCAAGCGGCUGGGACGAGAUGUGGAAAUGGAAGAAAUGAUUGAGCAGCUGCAAGAAAAAGUUCAUGAGCUUGAAAGACAAAAUGAAGUUCUCAAAAACAGGCUAAUAUCAGCCAAACAGCAGCUCCAAGUUCAAGGGCACAGGCAGACCUCGUACAGUCGUGUUCAGGCUCGCACUAACACCGGACGUAGGAAAGCAAGCACCACUGCUGGCUUGCAGGAAUGCCUGGGGAAAGGUAUAAAAGUUCAGAAUGUAGAUGAAGCAGAAACUGUACAACCCACGCUCACAAAGUACAGCAGUGGUUUACUCGAAGAGGCCAGAGGAGAAAUAAGAAAUUUAGAAAAUGUUAUUCAGUCACAGAGAGGCCAGAUAGAAGAGUUAGAGCAUUUGGCAGAGAUCCUGAAAACUCAGUUGAAGAGAAAAGAAAAUGAGAUUGAGUUAUCUCUUCUUCAGCUUCGAGAACAGCAAGCUACAGAUCAGAGGUCAAAUAUUCGGGACAAUGUAGAAAUGAUAAAGCUUCAUAAACAACUAGUGGAGAAAAGCAAUGCUCUUUCAGUCAUAGAAGGAAAAUUCAUUCAGCUUCAAGAGAAGCAAAGAACACUCAGGAUCAGCCACGAUGCCUUGAUGGCAAAUGGAGAUGAGCUAAACAUGCAGCUUAAGGAACAGCGACUGAAGUGCUGCAGCCUGGAGAAGCAGCUGCACUCUGUCAGGUUUUCAGAGCGGAGAGUGGAGGAGCUGCAGGAUAGAAUUAAUGAUUUAGAAAAGGAACGAGAACUUUUAAAGGAAAACUAUGAUAAACUUUAUAACAGUGCCUUCAGUGCUGCCCACGAAGAGCAGUGGAAGUUAAAGGAGCAGCAGAUGAAGGUACAGAUUGCCCAGCUCGAAACCGCCUUAAAAUCUGACCUCACAGACAAAGCCGAAGUCCUUGACCAAUUAAAGACUGAACGAGACCAAAAUGAGAAGCUGGUGCAAGAGAACAGAGACCUGCAGCUGCAGUGUCUGCAGCAAAAGCAGCAGCUGCAUGAGCUCCAAAAUCGCAUGAAGUUCUUCAACCAGGAGAGUGACAUCAAUGUUGAUGACCUCAGUGAAGCGCUCCUGCUUAUAAAGGCUCAGAAAGAACAAAAAAAUGGAGAUCUUUCAUUUUUAGAAAAAGUGGACAGCAAAAUUAAUAAAGAUCUAGAUCGUUCCAUGAAGGAGCUUCAAGCAACUCAUGCAGAAACAGUACAAGAACUUGAAAAGACAAGAAAUAUGUUAAUUAUGCAGCAUAAAAUAAAUAAAGACUAUCAGAUGGAAGUUGAAACAGUGACUCAGAAGAUGGAAAAUUUGCAACAAGAUCAUGAACUGAAAGUGGAACAAUAUGUUCAUCUUCUCGACGUCAGAGCUGCACGCAUCCAAAAGCUUGAAGCCCAGCUGAAGGAUAUUGCCUACGGCACUAAGCAGUACAAAUUUAAACCAGAAAUCAUGCCAGAUGACUCUGUUGAUGAAUUUGAUGAAACCAUCCACCUAGAACGAGGAGAAAAUCUAUUUGAAAUCCACAUCAACAAAGUCGCCUUUGCUUCUGACGUCCUGCGGGCAUCUGGUGAUAAAGAGCUUCUCACUUUCUGUACCUACGCUUUCUAUGACUUUGAACUGCAGACAACUCCCAUCGUGCGAGGCCCUUGCCCAGAGUAUAACUUCACCUCUCAGUAUCUUGUCCACGUCAAUGACUUAUUCUUGCAGUACAUUCAGAAGAACACUGUCACUCUGGAGCUCCACCAAGCCUACAGCACAGAUUACGAAACGGUUGCGGCCUGUCAGCUGAGAUUCCAUGAGAUUCUAGAAAAAAGCGGUAGAAUUUUUUGCACAACAAGCUUAGUUGGAACUAAAGGAGACAUCCCAAAUUUUGGCACAGUAGAAUACUGGUUUCGAUUAAGAGUUCCCAUGGAUCAAGCUAUUCGACUUUAUCGAGAGCGGGCAAAAGCAUUAGGAUACAUAACAUCAAAUUUUAAGAAGCCAGAGAAAAUGCAAUUGUUGAGUCAGCAAGCAGCCACAACUGCUCAGAUCAGUUCACCAGAGUCCACAGACGGCAACUUAAAUGAACUUCACAUUACAGUAAGAUGUUGUACCAACCUACAGUCCCGAGCACGCCACCUACAGCCACACGCAUAUGUUGUGUACAAGUUCUUUGAUUUUCCAGACCAUGAUACAGCCAUUAUUCCUAGUAGCAAUGAUCCACAGUUUGAUGACUACAUGUGUUUCCCAGUGCCAAUGAAUAUGGACUUGGAUCGAUACCUUAAGUCAGAGUCUCUGAGUUUUUAUGUUUUUGAUGAUAGUGAUAUCCAGGAGAAUAUUUACAUAGGAAAAGUCAAUGUGCCUCUGAUUUCCCUGGCACAUGACAGGUGUAUCUCAGGAAUAUUUGAGUUAAUGGAUAAGGACAAGCAUGCUGCAGGAACCAUCCAAGUUAUAUUGAAAUGGAAAUUCACUUACCUCCCACCAAGUGGGUCGAUCCCGACUGAAGACCUCGGAAGGUUCGUUGGCAGGGAAGAGCCGGAGGCCAUUCAGAGACGACCUCCAACGUCCUCCGGCACUGAGGCAGUCGUGACACCAAAACCUAAACCAAGACAACGUUUAACAUUUGUGGAUAAAAAGGUCUCUUUUGUGGAUACCAUGCCACACCCAAGUCCUGAGGCUUCUCCUCCCCCUAAAGAUAUAAAGCACAAUUCUCCAGAAGUGGGACCAGAAACAGAAAAUAGCAUGCCAGCUGUUGCAUGUCCUUCCAAGGAAAGCAGUGUGGCUAAGGUAGAAGAAAACAUGGGGAAAACGCAACAAGGAAAAGAAGACGACAUCUCUUUCCUAUCUGAGGGCCAGCUUGCAUCACAAAGUGUGGCUUCCUCUGAAGAUGAAACAGAAAUAACCGAAGAAUUGGAGCCAGAAGAUGAAGACAGAUCCGCUUCUGACAGUGAUGACUGUAUCAUUCCAAGUUCUGUCUCCACAGAUACCAAAAAGCCAUCGGAAGAAAUUCGGAUUGAGAUUAUAGCUCUGAGCCUUAAUGAUUCUCAGAUAACCAGGGAGGACACUGUUCAGCGACUGUUCAUCGAGUGCCGGUUCUACAGUCUUCCCGCUGAGGAGACGCCUAUGUCACUGCCCAAACCCAAGAGUGGACAGUGGGUCUACUAUAACUAUACCCAUGUGCUCUACCUGGAUAAAGAGAACAACCCAGCGGUGAGAGACGUCUUAAAAGCCGUACUGCAAAGGCGGGAACUGCCUCACAGAAGUGUGCGCUUCACCGUGGUCAGUGAUCCUCCCGAGGAUGAGCAGGACCUAGAAUGUGAGGACAUUGGCGUUGCUCACCUUGACCUCGUGGAUGUGUUUCAGAAAGGAAGAGACAUCAUUGAGCAAGACAUUGAUGUUCUUGAUGCCCGAACAGAUGGUGGCAGCAUCGGCAAACUGAAGGUGACCGUGGAAGCGCUUCAUGCCCUACGGUCUGUCUACGAGCAAUACAGAAAGGACUUGGAGGCUUGAAGGAAGCUGUUCCAGAGGCAUCCUACUUCUAAGAAAAUGUUCACAUGAAAGCUCAAAGAUGAGAUUCUGAGUAAUCACUGGUGUAUGUAAUCUAUAAUUCAUGGGGAGCUGGGAGAGCGCCUGGGUUUAGGCUUGAAUGUUCAAGUUUUGUAUAGUUUUUGUGUUUGUUUAUUUUUCUAUCCACUCCUCCCCAUGACUGCCACCCCUUAGGACUUCAGUGCUCCUGAGUGGACUACCUUAUCAAUAAUUUAUAGCAACAUGAUAGCAUGAAACAUCUAUUUGCAUUUGCAUCAUUUUCUUAUGAAGAACUGGGAGUAGUUCCCAUUUUUAUUUUUCAUAAGUAAAAGCCUAAAAUCUUAGGAAACCAAUGAAAAAGAAAUGCUUUUUAUGUUAUCCCUAAUUGUCCCACUCAAUGGAACGCCUCUGAUUAGCCUCAUUAAGACUUUUAUACUGUGAAGAUUUUAUUAGAAGCAAUAUAUGAAAAUUACUUGGAUUAAUGUGUUAAUCUUUCUCUUUAAAAUGCUAAUAUCUACUUUAUGCACAUUAAAGCUCAGUGUGCAUUUUCUUUGAUGCACACAGUUUCUAUCAAUUAAAUAUAAAGAAGGAGACUUGGCACCAACCUACUAAAUUACUCCCAGUAAUUUGUUUUUUUCAUAAACAUUAUAGUUGUUCCAGGUUAUGUGGUAUCAGUGUGUUUUUAAUGCUGAUACAAGAUCCAGGAUUGUAUUCAUAUAAAGAAGAUAUAGAUAGAUAGAGACACAUACAUGCAUACAUACAUACAUACAUACAUACAUUACAUACAUACAUGCAUGCACACAUACAUACUUGCAUACAUACAUGCACAGGAAAUUUAUAUUUUACAAAUUAAAGUUAAAUUACAUAGAAAAAAUAAAGUAUGGCUCAAAUUCUAAAAUGCUUAGACAUGAAAGGUGACCCUUUUAUCAUUUUUAAAAACUUACAUCAAGCUUCUACAAUGCUGGGAUGUAUCUGGAUAUCCAGACUCUCAAAAAGCAGCUCCAAAAGUUAAUUUCUACCUUUUACACAGUCUCGCUGAAGAGUUUAAUUGAUAUUUUUAAUGGAGCUGUGAAUCAGUGCUGCAAAAGAAUUGUCUCUGGGGGUCUGAGAUAUAAUGCAUUUCAUUUUUUAAUUUACUUUUUUAUUUGUCAUUUUCUUCAAAGGAUUUUUAUAGGCUGUGGGUUUUCACUGUUUGCAAACAGGCUAUUCCUUUUUAAGCAUAUGUAAAGUAUUCAGGGAGAUAAGUAAUUUAUUAAAAUCUACCUAAUUUGCCGUGCUAUAUUAAAUCUCUGCUUCAGUGAUCACAGACCAUUUCAUUUAGAGAAUUAGGCAUUCCCUCUUUGUGUGAUUAAAGUCCUGGAAAAUGAGUUCUUUGCUCCUAUUUGUGAACAUUCAAAGCCUGCUAAUGGCAGGAAGAUGGAACAGAUUAUGAGACAAUUCAUUACAGUUCAACAGGGAAAGCAGCUAUAAUGCAGAAAUGCGAGUGUGAAUAUCAGUGUAUAGCUGAGCCAUCUGUGCUCGGACAGCUUCGCUCAUGACUCCUCCUUGAGAGGCUUUGAAAUGACAUCCGUACGAUAUUAAUUUGUUGGCGCACUUUGUGGGACCAGUAGAGUAUAAUCUGACCACAGAACUCUAUAAACUCUGUCUGUACCAUUGGGCAUCCCUGUCCUCAGGCCCGCCAUCUCCAAGAGGAAUCUUGCUCUCAUCAGACUCUGAAAAUCUCAAAACAACUCAUUCCUCUGGAACCUUCUAGUGACCACAGACAUCUGCAGACAAAGCCUCUCCAGUUCUAGUAAACAACCACAUGUUUGUUGUCACUUUAGCUGGCUCUGAGCUCAUCUUCUUGGCCUCCCUUUCUAGCUUUCUUUGGCUUUGUGCAGCUACAGUGUCAUUAAGGCCCAUAAUAUUCCCUGCAGUAAUUUAAAGCAGACAGAUUAUACCCUGGGAUUAGCUGAGUGGUUUUCGAGACAUUUAUUGUGGUAUGCUCCUAGGAGGCAUGCAUUAUUGUUUUAAAAUGUUAUAUCCAAAACUAAAUAAUGCUUUCCUCAGGGACGAAAAUGGGAUGGUGCUGCUUCUUAGCAUCUUUAAGUGGAGACAGGGAAGUUUUAAUCCGAAAACCUUGUACAAGUGAGUCGGCUGUGUAGAAUUUACACCUCACGUGAAAUCGUGGAUCAUCCAGGCUUCCCUUACCUUUGUAUAUCCUGGCUCUAAAAUUCUCAGCCUCAGACUCCUACGGAUGUUCCCAUGCUAGCUUCACAUGUAAUGGUGACUAACAGGUUCUGAAGGGAGAGACCAAGUGAGUGUGCUCCCUUGAAGUCCACUGGCAUCUUUGUCUAGACAUGUGUUAGCCAGAGUUCACUGAAAAGUUCAUCUCCGUUGGUUCAAAGUGCUGUGCUGUCUGUCCUCUGUGAACCAGGCUUGCUCUGCUGAGAUUGCUGGGCAGUGAGGGCUCUCGCGCACACAGACACAGCCCUGGAGGAGAGCAUGCAGCUCUCAAUAACGAACGGCACAUACACUCAGCACCCUGGGAGCUAUAAUGCUUUUAGUGUGGAAAUAUAAAUAGAGAUGUGAUGUGGCAUGUGGGCAAGUGUAUUAUACAUGGUUUUUUGCCUACUGUAGUAGAAAUGUCAAGUUCCCAGCCACUGUCAUGAGAAGCAGUUGACAAAAAUAAGUUUUAUGGUUUACAGUGUGGUUUACGUAGAGAACAUUUCUCUUCACUCUUGGUUUCAACAUGUUUUCUGAAUUAUCAUGGUUUGUUGCCAUUUAACUUAAAUUAGUUUUUUUAAGAAUAAAUAGAGACUAUGUUUAAUCAAAUAAAGAAAGGCCACAUUGAAA